CGGUUGGAGACCACCAGCUGCUCCUUGGGAGAAAGAUGAGACGCUCUACUCCCGGAGAGCGUUCCAGUCUUGGAACCCAGAGGCGCAGUUCCACUCUGUCCUACAGAGUCGUGAGGAGUUGGGAUCCGAUCGACUCGAUGGCAGAGAGCGCUUGGGCUGGUUUCUGUGCCUCCCUCUUUCGCUCAGAAGGAGGUCUGUAAUGAAGCCUGGCAGUAAAUGGUCCUCUGUGGCUUUACCAGGCUUGCUCCUCUCCAGGGAGGCCUAGUUUUGCCAGCGAAGGAAUGCCCAUUGUGCCAGUAAAGCAAUGCCCGUGCCUGCCUACUCACCGCAUUCCCUGCACUGCCACCCGCGCCCCUGAUCUCAGUUGUCCUACUUGGGGUAUCUUCCUACUCCUCCUCCAUGGAUGCCAGCAACCUCGUUGAGCUGAAUGACACAAUAACCCAGAUAUACUCUAAGGCACAGAUCCAAGACAUCACGCAGGAGCUACACUGUCCACUGUGCCAUGACUGGUUUCGUGAUCCGCUGAUGCUAACCUGUGGCCACAACUUCUGCCAGAUCUGUAUCCAAGACUUUUGGAAGAAGCACAUAAAGGAAACCUUCUGCCCCGAGUGCAAGAUGCUAUGUCUUUAUAACAACUGUACAUUCAACAUUGUAGUGGAGAAGCUGGUAGAGAAGAUUAGGAAGCUCCCCUCAAUCAAAGGCAAUCCACAGUGCCCAGAACACGGCGAGACCCUGAAGCUGUUCAGUAAGCUAGAUGGGAAGCUAAUCUGCUUUCAGUGCAAGGAUUCUCGGUUGUCUGUGGGGAAAUCGAAGGAGUUCAUGCAGAUCUCUGAUGCUGUCCGGUACUUCAUGGAGGAGCUUAGCACCCACCAAAACCAGCUGGAGGCAACCCACAAGGAACUCCAGGCCCUCAAGAACAUGCAGAAGGCUGCGAUUGCUGAUUGCAAGUUUCUAAAGCUGCAUCAGUUCCUGCACAGCAAGGAAAAGGAUAUUUUAAAUGAGCUGCAGGAAGACGGGAGAGGCCUCAAUGAGGAGAUGGAGCUGAACCUGAACCAACUUCAAGAGCAGUGUCUGCUGAACAAGGAGAUGCUGGGGAGCAUCCAGUCCCGGAUGGAACAGCAGAACUCCUUCGACUUUCUCAAAGACAUCACAGAUUUCUUAGAUAGCUUGGUGCAAGGAAUGAGGGUCCUGGCACCCAGAGAGCUUAUCACCAGAAAGCUGAACCUAGGCCAAUACAAAGGUCCUAUGCAGUACAUGAUAUGGAAGAACAUGCAGUGCAUCCUUUCUCCAGGCUUAUCUCCACUAACUUUGGACCCUAAAACUUCCCACCCAAAUCUAGUGAUCUCCAAAAACGGAACCAGUGUGUGGCAUGGCGACCUUAAGCAGACACUGCCUGAUGAUCCAGAGAGGUUUGACUCAAGCGUAGCUGUGCUGGGCUCCAAAGGCUUCACAUCUGGAAGGUGGUACUGGGAAGUAGAAGUGGCAAAGAAGACAAAAUGGACAGUUGGCGUUGUCAAAGAAUCCAUUAUUCGGAAGGGCAGUUGUCCCCUGACUCCUGAACAAGGAUUCUGGCUUUUAAGGCUAAGGAACCAAACUGAUCUAAAGGCGCUGGAUUUGCCUUCCUGUAGUCUGAAACUGACCAAGAGCAUCGAAAAGGUGGGGAUUUACCUGGACUAUGAAGGGGGCCAGUUGUCCUUCUACAAUAGUACAACCAUGACCCACAUUUAUACCUUCGAUAGCACUUUCACUGAGAAACUUUAUCCUUACUUUUGCCCCUGCCUGAAUGACGGUGGAGAGAAUAAAGAACCAUUGAAGAUCGUACACCCACAGUAAUUAA